AUGAUUUGGUUGAAGACAAAACCAUGUGAUCCUUCAUGAGCAUCUGCAGCCCUGGUCAUUUCCACCUACUAGCUUUACAUUAGAGGAUUUCCAAUAUAUAUACAAAAACAUUUACUUUGCCUUGCAUUCUCAAGCAUCAAAAGCUCCUUUCUUUUGGAAAUCCUUAUUGAUCUUUCUGUUUUUCAUCAAUACCAAAUUAUGGGUUUUCAUUUGCCAGCUGUUCUUCGUGCUAAGCAAAUCCUUCAGAGGUCUUCUCCUACUUCGAACCAAAUAGCUUCAGCAGUCAUGGAUGUGCCAAAGGGCUACCUUGCAGUCUAUGUUGGAGAAAAGCAAACAAGGCGAUUUAUGAUUCCAGUAUCAUACUUGAACAAACCUUCAUUUCAAGACUUAUUAAUCCAAGCUGAAGAAGAGUUCGGAUAUGAUCAUCCAAUGGGUGGUCUUACUAUUCCUUGUAGCGAAAACAUCUUCAUUGAUGUCAUUUCUUGCUUAAAUCGUUCAUGAGAUUGAACGCUCAACGCAAUUUUGUAAAGAAUGUAGAGUUACAAAAUCAAUGUACACACAAAGCAUAAGCAUUAAUCCAUUAUUUUUAUUUCUUCAGA